CCAUGUCCACUCAACCCAUGCAGCUUGUCAACAUUUGAGAAUAAGGACUGAGGUCUGUGUAGGCGGGAGCAAGUUUAAGUGACUAAGACUCUGUGCUGCAUAAAUACAAGGUCCGCAACCCCAACCAGAAGCACAACAGAGACUGACAACAACCAGGACUGCCAGUCAAAACAAAGAAAGAAGCCAUCGCUGAGAGAGAAACACUGCUGACCCUCAGAUAAUCACUUUUUUCACUGAACGAGAGCUUGCUAACUGCAAACUCUUUGUGAAUAUUUUUGUUAUAUUUUGUCUUUGUCUACAGCGAUUCUCAACAUGAGAUCCUGUACUUUAGCUGUGUGUCUAUUUUUGGGGAUAAGCCUGCAGGAUGGAUGGAGCCUGCCCCUCAAGUCGGUUUUUGUCACCUUUCCAGGAGACAUAAUCAAAAACAUGACUGAUAUGGAGCUGGCAGAGAGUUAUUUAAACAAGUUUGGCUACAUGGACACGACACGCCGCAGUGGUUUCCAGUCUAUGGUGUCCACCGAAAAGGCGCUGAAGAGGAUGCAGAGGCAGCUUGGGCUGAGUGAGACUGGUGAGCUGGAUAAGCCAACACUGGAUGCCAUGAGACAGCCUCGCUGUGGCGUUCCUGAUGUGGCCAACUAUAAAACCUUCGACGGGGACCUCAAAUGGGACCAUAAUGAUGUUACUUAUAGGGUCCUAAACUAUUCUCCGGACAUGGAUAGCGCUCUGAUUGAUGAUGCCUUUGCCAGAGCCUUCAAGGUUUGGAGUGGUGUGACACCCCUGACCUUUACCCGCCUGUUUGACGGCACUGCUGACAUCAUGAUAUCGUUUGGGAAAGCUGACCAUGGAGAUCCAUACCCAUUUGAUGGCAAGGAUGGUCUUCUGGCUCAUGCCUAUCCACCCGGUGAGGGUGUGCAGGGAGACGCCCACUUUGAUGAUGAUGAGUACUGGACUCUGGGAAAGGGAGCAGUCGUGAAGACUCACUAUGGAAACGCAGAGGGUGCCCUGUGUCACUUCCCCUUCACUUUUGAGGGUAAAUCUUACACCACCUGCACCACUGACGGUCGGUCAGACAACCUGCCAUGGUGUGCUACCACAGAUGACUAUGCCCGGGACCAGAAAUACGGCUUCUGUCCAAGUGAACUUCUGUUCACAAUUGGAGGAAACGCAGACGGAGCUCCAUGUGUCUUCCCCUUCAAAUUCCUGGAUGAGGAAUAUGACAGCUGUACCACGGAGGGCCGCAGUGACGGCUACCGCUGGUGUGCCACAACCAGCAGCUUUGACAGUGAUAAGAAAUAUGGAUUCUGUCCCAGUCGUGACACUGCUGUAAUCGGAGGAAACUCUGAGGGAGACCCCUGCCACUUCCCCUUCGUGUUCCUGGGAAAGGAAUACAACUCGUGUACAAGUGAGGGGAGAGGAGAUGGCAAGUUGUGGUGUGCUACCACCGACAACUAUGACGAUGACAAGAAAUGGGGCUUCUGUCCAGACCAGGGUUACAGUCUGUUCUUAGUGGCAGCCCAUGAAUUUGGACAUGCCCUCGGCCUGGAUCAUUCCAGCAUUAGAGAGGCUCUUAUGUACCCCAUGUACAGCUAUGUGGAGGACUUCUCCCUGCAUGAAGAUGACAUUGAGGGCAUUCAGUAUCUCUAUGGAAGUAAAACAGGUCCUAAUCCCACUGGCCCUCAGCCCACCCCUCCCACCACCACUCCCAGCCCUGACACUGAAACCACCACAGCUACCGUGGAUCCAACCAAAGACGCCUGCAUGUUGACCAAAUUUGACACCAUCACUGUAAUUGCAGGAGAACUUCAUUUCUUCAAAGACGGACAUUUCUGGAGGAUGUCCAGCAGCGGGGACGCAGGGCUAAAGGGGCCCUUUUCUAUUUCUGGGAGAUGGCCAGCCCUACCCGCUGUCAUUGACGCUGCUUUUGAGGACAUUUUGACAAAGAAAUUGUACUUCUUCUCAGGAACCAGAUUCUGGGUGUACACUGGGCAAAACGUUGUGGGUCCACGUGGCAUUGAGAAGCUUGGCCUGCCCAGUAGCAUUCAGAAAGUUGAGGGAGCGCUGCAAAGAGGAAAGGGCAAAGUGCUGCUCUUCAGUGGGGAGAACUUCUGGAGGCAAGUUUAUUCACUUGAAAUGUUCAACAAUGCUGCAGAAACACAAAGCAAACUAUGUAAUAAUGGAGCAAGCAUAAGGUUGGACGUCAAAGUCCAGAAUAUCGAUAGAGGCUACCCCAGAUACACUGACACUGUGUUUGGUGGAGUACCUAAUGAUGCUCAUGAUGUAUUCCAGUACAAAGGUCACAUCUACUUCUGCAGAGAUCGUUUCUACUGGAGGAUGAAUUCCCGCAGGCAGAUUGACCGCGUUGGCUAUGUAAAAUACGACCUGCUGAAAUGUGCAGAUGGAUCUGGCACUAGCUACUGAGAAAAAGUACAGAUGAGCAGGAAAUUUUCUUUAAUGUGGUAGCAGUCACCUUUCUCUAUGUGCAGGUGCCUUGGAAAGUGCCUUGCAGUGUUUGUGUAGAGCGUCUAAAGUUUGAUUUUUGUGCUUUCUGAGAUGUGAAGGGUUAGGCCUCAUUGAUGUUGGCUAAUUGUAAUACAUAUAGGACUGGUCUAGAUAUAAAUCAAAGGCCUAGCAGAAGAAAUAGUAUCGUUUGGCACUGCUUUGCUCUCAGUCUGAUUAUCUGUGAACUGAUGGUUACCAUAACCACCACUUAAAUAAGUGCCAACUGGAUUCAACUCCAGGUUUGCUAAGUAAUUUCUAUGUCUGACAGGCUCAGACUCUCAGCAGUAUUGGAUUAUUUUGGUAUUUAUAGUAUUAUCUGACAUUAAUAUUAUUUGUUAUUGGUGUUUCAAGCUUUUAUGUUUUGUACAACAAUAUGUUUGUUUUUUUCUGAAAAUGGCUUAAUAGCCAAAUAUUUGCACUGGAAGACAAUGCAUGUCUCCUUCUUGGAAAUUAUUUAUGAGAUAAAUAAUUUUGUAAAAAAGCCUGAACUUUCAAUGCAAUAAAAAUUGAGUGAGAACAACCAAUA